CUGUACCUGUAAAUGUCAUCACAAGCUGACCAAAGUCCGAUCCCAAAAUAGUAAAUAGAAUCGUCUUUUUUGGGACAAUAAUUUUGUAAUUUCCAUAAAAUAUCGCUGUUUUUUACAGUUUGCGCAGAAUUUGUUGAAUAACUAGUUACAUCACAUCAUCUGCAAUAUGUAAAGUAGUGUUACAGGUGACACAAGUGUUAAAUAUCAAACUUGGAGAAUAUCUUUCGAGAGCCUGAAAGUCCUUCAGGAAGUCUUUCAUUGAAACAAGUUUUUGUGAAUAGUUCUGCAUGACGAUGCAGCCAACCAACUUCCGCAAUCCCGUCCUAAGUGAGCCGCGAGUGUUCGGCGGCCAGUACAGUUUAAAUACUCCGGCGGGCGUAGUGACCACUUCCAGCCAACCUCCCCCAUUGCCCCCGAGGCCACUUCAGCAGCAAUCCGGAGUUGGAUUUGGAGGAACUUACGGAGGAGGAUUCGGAAGUCGUUUUGGGAUGCCUUCUUACGGAUAUUCCGGCUUCGGAGGGGGAUACGGAAGCUACGGAGGCGGCUUCGGCUAUGGCGGCGGUUACGGUGGCGGAAUGUAUGGAGGAAGCGGUUACGGAAUGGGGGCAAACGUUUACCCGGAACACAGAUUUAUCCAACUCGCAGAGGAAAGUUCCAGGCCAGCAUUCCAGAAUAUUGAAUCCCUGGUUGGAGCAAUUGGGAACAUAGCUGCAAUGUUGGAUUCCACAUUUUUCGCCUUGACAAGUUCGUUCAGAGCGGUCCUUGGAGUGGCAGCAAACUUUGCUCAUUUGCGAGGCGUUUUUGCCCAGUUUUGGACCUCCUUUGCCCUAUUCCGGUGGAUUAUAUGGGCUUAUCGGAAAAUUCUAUACUGGUUCAGAAUAACGAGAACCGACCCUUCGACUGCCAGUUUCAAAGAAGCAUUCAAAGCAGCAGAAGCUGACAAACUAGCACCUGCUCAGAAGAAGGGAUCCUCAAUGCCGGUGGUGCUGUUUCUAGGAUUCAUCAUGUCGGCGCCGUAUCUGCUGAUGAAGUUGUUCGGUGGAAACAGUGAAACCCAAGUUGCAGCUAAAAAUCCUCGGAACUGGAACGGCGCCCUGGAAGCUGUUGCCAUCUAUAACUUUGAUGCGUCAAGUGCAAACGAGCUUACCAUUCGGGCAGGUCAGCCUGUACUCAUUGCCCCCAAAUCGGUCCAGGUAGAGCAAAACUUACUUAACACUGGCUGGGUGCUGGCUUCGGUGGACAACACGGUGUCCGGCUUGAUUCCGGUGAAUUAUGUGCAAGGGUCGAAACAGCAACCUCAGCAACAAGUAACGAACGAUGUAAAAUUACAUUCCAACGAAACAGGUCAGUCAGAAACCGAAGCCUAAAUGUUUGAGAGACGACGCCAAUUUUCGGGUUGAGGGCUGAUGUCGGUUAUUCAAGUUGAAAUUAGUCAAGGGGAGUUGGCUACCUAAAGUUUAGAAUGGGUUGAACGGGAAUCGUGAUGGGUCACUGUUGGUUCUGGACAUUUGAGUAAAACCUGUUUAAAUGUUAGUCUUUUUAUAAUUAUUUUUGUUUUCGAGACAUUCAUUAUUAACGAAUGAGACAAUUUAAUGAAUAUGUCAAGUUUCAAAGAUUGCUUUAAAUCUGUCAGCCGUUCAAUGGUUGAUAUAUAAAUAAAUAGUACAAUUAUGCUGAUUAAAGAUUAGAGUUAUUAUACCAAGUUUGAGAAAGCUCAUCCAUAGCGGGAUCGCUCAUAUUGUCCCUACAGACUUUAAUGUUCCUUCCUAAUGAUUUCUUCUGGACUGGUAGCAGGUCUCUUCCUAAAGACUUGAUCAAUAUUUUAAUACAAGUCUCUCAAAUUUCUCUGAAGCCUCUUUUUUUAUCCUGAACAGUCUCUAAAGUCAAUCAAUUUUACAGUCUAUCCUGGUGAAAAAUUCUAGAGAUCCUAGAAAAACCUUCGCGGACUCUUACGCGAUAAUCCACAAGCUCUUCAGAAAUUUCUCAAGGAUGAAUUUUGGGAAAUUCUUCAAGUGGUUUCUACUGAAAUACUUCCGGGGAAUGCUCCAUCAUUCCUCUAUACAUUCAUCCACCAAUGCUCCCAGGAAUUCGUUCAGAAAUUCCUCCAGCGAUUUAGAGGAAUUUAUUCAGGAUUUGCUCCAAAAACUCCUUUAGCACUCCAAUGCUACCACCACCAGUAAUUUCCUAAAAAAUAACUCUAUUUUUUCUCCAGAGACUUCUCCAGUAUUUUCCUAGGAAUUUUUCCAAUAUUUAUUUUAGUUAUUACUCUUGAAGAUCUCCCAAAACAACCAAAAAGAGUUGUUUGAAAACAAUCCUUCAAGGGUUAAUUCCAGAGUUUUUGGAGAAGUUCGUUUAGGGAGUUUUCCAAUCUUACAAUACCUCGUCAAGCAUUUUUAGGGAUACCCUAAAAAAAAACAUGCUCGGCUUCUCACAGGAACUGCGUCAAAAAUUCCUCAAGGGAUUUUUUUCAGAACAUCUAUUAAGAACUCAUUCAGGAACUUCUCAAAAAAAUGUUAUCAGGAAUUCCUCAUGAAGUUCCUCCAAAAUUGUCUCAAGGAAUUUCUCCAGCAUUUUAUCGCGGGGUUAUUCCUUCAGUUCUUCCAAAUACAUGCAGAACAAUUUCUUCAAAAAUCUCCAUAAAUGUUCAAAAUAUUAUUUAAGGCUUCACACCCCAUUCAGAAAUGAUUCUAGUAAUUCUGUCGAUCAGCAAAAUUGAAUGAGUACAGAACAAAAAGUUACGCGAAUGCAUUGCUUUAGUGUCCCAUCUUGCCCGUUUCACCCAUGACCGUUUCCAGUAAAAUAAUUGUAUUCAAAUUACUUGUACAUUUUAUUUAUAAGUUUGGGUCAGAUUUGCCCAUUUCAAAUUUUACAGGUAUUAGAUUUGUAGUUAAUUAAAAGUAAUCUGUUUUUUGUUGGAAGGUGUAGGAUCACUAUGAUGAUUUUAAUUUAACUAUAUUUGUUCACGAACAAAAAAUCCAUGCUAGGAUCUUUAUGAAAAUUGGCGUCGAUACUAUUUGUACUUUAUUGUUUAUUGCUGUUAAGAUUCUUGCGCAAGAGAUUUUUCGCGAUUUUUUCGACCAGACAAUGUAAUGUCUACACAAGAGUGUUUAUCGUUUAACUUUCUACUCCUUCAAUGCCGUGCAUCAGUUUCAUAUUUUUAACGGGUGAUACAGUCAUCUCUCCCUUACUCGAUAUUUCGUAUCUCGAUAUCGAGUUAGAGAACCAUAGUAAAAGUUGGUUUUCAUGGCUACCUCGAUGGUCCCUUGGAUCGCAGUUGCAUUGUUUUUGUGUUCUGUAAUUCGAUACCUCCCUAACUCGAUGGUCCCUUCAAUAUCGAGUAAGGGAGAGAUGACUGUAAUUAAAAAAUGGGAAUGAUUUGAAAUAAAUAACUAAAAAUGGGAAUGAUUUCGAAAAAUGACUAAACUAUUGUUUUAAUUCAUAUAAAGAAUCUGUAGUUAUUUUUCAAUUUGUUUUUUUUUUUUUUAAUCAAAUUUGAUAUUUCUUUCAAAAAAUAGUUCACACGUUUUGUGAUUGUGACAUUAAAAAAUCCCACACUUUCAUUAUAACCCGUUAAAACAUUAGCAUUUAUGGAAUUAUCGCGCCUCGUGCUAUAAAUGUUCUCCGCCGGUGAUACAGUUUCCGUGUAAUAUUAUAUUUUGCGAUACCUCUGGUUAAAUGGACGAAAAAUAAAACUUUAUGAAACCAAAAA